AUGUCAGAAUUCUAUGAUUGUAUUGAGGAGGUGGAGCUUAUAGACCCUCCUUUAUUUGGAGGGUCUUUCACUUGGAGAAGAGGAGAGAACCAUACAACUGCAUCAAGGAUUGACAGAAUAAUGUAUUCUGUUCAAUGGGAGGAACUCUUCACCCUCAUUAGACAAUCAACUCUUCCAAAGUUGGUAUCUGAUCAUAAUCCAGUUCUACUGACUUGUGGAGACAUGAACUUCAAAAAGUCAUACUUCAAAUUUGAAAACUGGUGGAUGGUGGUUGAAGGCAUCAAGGAGAAAGAAUGGAGCAAGAAUAAUAGGAGCAACUGGAAACAACAAAAGGAAGUAAUCCUUGACAAAUUGUCCAAAUGGGAGAUCCUUCAGGAGUAA